GAUAUUACACAAUGAUUUAAAAAAAAAUUAAUUUGCUUUUUAUAUUUAAUUAUGAUUUUAUUUUGUAAUUAUUUAAUUUUAAUUAAUACCUGAUAUAUUGAAUUUAUUAAUAAAUUUAUUAAUAACUUAUACAUUAUUUGAAUUUAAUAAAAAUCUAAAAUGGAAGUUCCACAAAUUAAAUACAAUCGCAAGUCAUUUAAAUUCGAUGAUUUUAAAAAAUUUGAAAUUUUUACACAAUGUUCUAAACAACAAUAUUGUAACAUUUAUAAUGCAAGAUUAAAAGCACUGAAAGAUCACAUUUUACAAAAAGUAAAAAUUAAAUGGGCUAAUUAUGAAAUAGUUUCAUUAUCACAACUUUGUGAAAGAAAUCAAAAUAAUACUUGUGUCAUAAUAGGUACUUUGUAUAAACAUCAAGAAUUAAGAUCAUCAAUAUUAAAUGAACUUAGUAAAGAACUUCAAUUAAUACCUCAACCAGCUAGAACAAAUUAUGCAUCAUUUAAAGAUAUAUUAUAUUUAGAAGAUGAAACAUUACGCAUUAAAUUGGUUGGGACUCAUAAAAAUAUUCAAGAUACAGUUACUGGUAUAGUUUGCGCCGUAUGUGGUCACGAAUUGGAAAAUGGUGCAUUUUUGGUAACAGAUUGGUGUUUUCCAGGAUGUUGCUCGAAAUUACCAAUCUUUAAUUCUCAACAACUAGAAAAGCAAGGAAAAAUUUUGAUUAUUUCUGGUUUAGAUUUAGCAAAUAAUUUACAGUCAUUAAGUAUAAAUUUAUUAUUUGAAUGGAUUACUGGAAUGAUUGGCUGUGAAGAAGUUCAUAAAGAAGUGGCUUCUAUUGUGUGUAUUAUUAUAGCAGGAAAUAGUGUAAGAGGAUCUAUAGAGACAUACAAUUACAAAAAUUAUUUUGAAACUAAAUUACAUAAUGAAGCUAUAUUUAAAGAGACUGCAAAUAUAACACAUAAAUUGGAUAAUUUUCUUCAUCCUAUAGCACAGUGUUGUCCUAUAAUAUUAAUGCCUGGAGAAUUUGACCCAACCUGUCAUAGAUUACCUCAGCAACCAUUUCAUCCAUGUAUUUUACCAGAAUGUUCCAGGUUUAAAAGUUUUUAUGGAGUUACUAAUCCAUGGAUUGGUAGUAUAAACUCUCGCAUUAUAGCUGGAUCUAGUGGCCAACCUAUUAUGGAUAUUAUGAAAAUUGCUGGACUUGUUGAUAUUUCACCUUUAAUAUGGUUAGAACGUACUUUACACUGGUGUCAUUAUGCACCAACUGCACCUGAUACUACUCCAACUUAUUCAUCUAACAAAAUUGAUCCAUUUAUUAUAACAGAAUGUCCUGAUAUAUAUUUUGUUGGUAAUAUGGAUAAAUAUGAUACUAAAAUAUAUACUGAAGAAGGACAAACAAUAAGAUUGAUUUGUAUUCCAAAAUUUUCCAAAACACAAACCGGUGUAUUAGUUGAUUUACAAGACUUAAACACUUGGCCUAUAUCUUUUACUGUAAAUUAAUUUAAAAAAUUUAAAUGUUUUAUAGUUUUAAUAUAUUGACAUUAAAUAAUAAAUAAUAAUUAAAUAAUGUAAUAUAUCAUAAUAUAUCUAUCUAAGAAAAUAAUCAAUUUUCUUAAGAUUUUUGAGUAAUUUGUAUAUAUAAUAAUAUAGUAGUAAAUAUAUUUUUUUUUAUUUUUUUGAUGAAAGAUAAUCUAUUUAUUUAAACUUUUUCAUAUUUUAUGAAAUAGUUUUUUAAAAAUUAAAUUUUAUUUAAUAUUGUAAUUUUUCAUAGUAUUUAUUUACUUAUGGAAAUGAAAACAAAAAAAACAUAAAAAUAAACAUAUAAGUAAAAUAUAUUUUUAUUUUUUCUUUCUUUAUACAUAAAUAUAUGGAAAAUAAUAUCAUUUAACAAAUUAUAAUAUUAUAUAUUCUAUAAAUUGUUCAUAUUUGUUAAUUAUUAAUUUUAAUAUUUAAUUUACAUAAUUAUAAAUUAUAGUGUAAGCAUUCUUAAUUACUAUAUAUAUUAACAAUAUAAUUUAUAAUUUAAAUAAAAUAUUUUUUUAUAUUAUACUAUUAAUUUUUCUUAAUAGAUAAAAUAUAAUUUAAUAUAUAAAUAAAUUAUAAAUAAUGUAUAACACAAUAUUUUAUUUGAAAAUUUGAUUAUGUUCUUUGGCACUAUAAUUUCUUUAAUAUUAUUGAACAAAAAAAAUAAAAUUAAAAUAGAUAAAAUGAAUAUUAUAUAUAAAUUUAUUAUUUUUUGAUUUACUAUAAAUUAUUUAAUUAAAUACGUGAAAAUAAAUUCUUAUUAAAAAAAAUUUAAUAAAAUAAUUUAUUAUGUCAAUAUUAUUUUUCCUAUUAAUAUUAAGAAAUAUAUUAUAUUAUUUUUGAGACUUGCCUAAUUGUUUUUAGAAUUGUUUCUUUGCAAAGAAUAAUAAUUUCAAUAAAUAUUUAUAUUCUCCUAACUACAAGAUUUUGAAGGAAUUGGAAUAUUCAUAUUUAGACAAAUAUUCAUAUUUUUUGAUGAUUCUUGAGAUUCAGAAAUUUCUGAUUGUGGAUCUAUAGCUUUUUCUUCAUUUCUCAUGGCACAUAUUACAUCAGUAAGGGCAACUAUAUAAUUUUUUGCCAAAGUUAAAGUUUCAAUUUUAGAUAAUCGCCUUUCUUUCGUUACAUGUGGAAUUACUUCACGUAAAGACUAUAAAUAUAAUUAUUUAAGUUUUCAUAAGAAUGGAAUAUUUUAAUAAUUUUUUAGAAAUUAUUAUAAUUAUAUCUACCUGGAAAGCAUCAUUCAAACUGUGCAUUCUCAUUCUUUCUCUCUCGUUGCUUUCCAAUCUUCUAAGAGUUUUUUCUCUAGGUGUUGUUCCUUUAGAUGAGUUUGAUAAUUUUAAUUUUUCAGUUCGCUUACUAUUUCGACGUAUUGUUUUAUUAGCUUGUGAUUGUUUAGGCCAUUUUUCAUUCCAGUUAUCCCCGUUCAUUACUUUUGAUGUCAUUCAAAUCCUUUUUGAAAAUAUUAUUAUAUGAAAUCAUUUUUAUUUUUAUUAGUUAUUUUAAACUUUAAUAAUAAAUGAUUAAAUUUAAAUAAAUAAUUGAUAAAAUGAUUUUAUAAAUAAUAUUUAAUAACUUAAUUGUAGAAAUAAUAAAUAUAAAAAAUAUUUAAUGUGAAAAUUAAAUAGAAUAGAUAUUUUAUUUACAAAAAGAUUAAAAUAAUAUUUAUAUACUUACAAUUUUAUAAUAUAUUAUAUAUAUAAUAAUAUAUUAAUAUUAAAAUAAUUGUUAUAUGUUUUAUUAUUAACAGAUCAAUGAAGAAAUAAAAUAUAAGAAUGAUAAAUAUAUUUAAAUUUUUUAAUAUUUCUAAAUAUAAAUAUUCUAAAGCAUGUAUUUUUAUUGCGCUUUUUUCAAUUUAUUAAUAAAUAAGAUUAUAAUUAAUUUACAUUAUACAAUAUAUUUUCAAAUAUUUAAAUCAACUAUAUACAACCGCGUGUACUUGUUGAGCCACGUUGAAAUGACGACUGCCGUCGGGGUGCGGCCGAAACAACCUUCCACCCCUGGAAACUAUGCAUCUACCCUGUGACUUUUUCUUAAUAAUUUUUUAAAAAUUAUUUAUUUUUCUCAAAUUUUCAUUUAUUUAUAUGAAAAUUAAUUUAUAAUCUAAUAUCUAUUUGAAAGAAGAAUUAUAUAUUUAAUUUGCUUAUAGUGAUAUAAUAAUACUAAGAUUAAAAAUUGAAUAUUAUUCUUAAUUAUAAUUUUUUAUUUAUAACAUUAUUUACAAAUUAAAAAUGGAAUUUUUAUAUAAAUGUAUAGAUAUAUAUAAUAAAAUAAUAUAAUUUUUAAUAUAAA